CAGCGUGCCCCGCGGCGGGCCCUGCCGGCCGCGACUCCGGGCUUGGCCCAGGCCCUAGCGCGUCGGCCGGCGUCCUGGGGCGCGCGUGGAGGCUGCAGUCACGGUGGCGCCCGCGGGGACGAAGGAGGGAAUGAGUGAGGAGGAGCAGGGCUCCGGCACUGUCGCGGGCUGCGGGCUGCCCAGUAUAGAGCAAAUGCUGGCCGCCAACCCGGGCAAGACCCCCAUCAGCCUGCUGCAGGAGUAUGGGACCAGAAUAGGGAAGACGCCCGUGUACGACCUGCUCAAAGCCGAGGGCCAAGCCCACCAGCCUAAUUUCACCUUUCGGGUCACCGUUGGCGACACCAGCUGCACUGGUCAGGGCCCCAGCAAGAAGGCAGCCAAGCACAGAGCAGCUGAGGUGGCCCUCAAACACCUCAAAGGGGGGAGCAUGCUGGAGCCGGCCCUGGAGGACAGCAGUUCUCUCUCUCCCCUAGACUCCGCACUGCCUGAGGACACCCCAGUCCUUACUGCAGCAGCCAUGGCUGCUCCUGUUCCAUCCACUGGCCUUACCAGGAGCUCUCCUAUGGAGAUGCAGCCCUCCGUGUCCCCCCAGCAGUCAGAGUGCAACCCCGUGGGGGCUCUGCAGGAGCUGGUGGUGCAGAAGGGCUGGCGGCUGCCUGAGUAUACAGUGACCCAGGAGUCUGGGCCUGCCCAUCGUAAGGAGUUCACCAUGACCUGCCGAGUGGAGCGGUUCAUUGAAAUUGGCAGCGGCACUUCCAAGAAACUGGCCAAGCGUAAUGCAGCGGCCAAAAUGCUGCUCCGCGUGCACACCGUGCCCCUGGACGCGCGAGAUGGCAAUGAGGCAGAGCCCGAUGACGACCAUUUCUCCCUCGUGAGUAGCUGGCACGACACCCAGCAGCCUCCCUGGCUCCCAGGCCGGCUGUGGCCCGCUGCUGACCCUACACCUCAUAGCCAAACCCUGCAGCUCUUCAGGGUUAGGAAGGCUGGUACGAGGAGUGAGCUGGAGCCAGCUCUCUUCCUGCACACUGGGCGCCUCACCCUUGGCUUGCACCUGCCUCAACCUCCCCUACCUCAACCUUACCAGGGCGCUGGCUCCCGCCUAGACGGACUUCGCAGCCGUGGGCCCGGCUGCACCUGGGAUUCCCUGCGGAAUUCCAUGGGCGACAAGAUCCUGUCCCUGCGCAGCUGCUCCCUGGGCUCGCUGGGUGCCCUGGGCCCCACCUGCUGCAGCAUCCUCAGUGAGCUGUCGGAGGAGCAGGCCUUCCAUGUCAGCUACCUGGAUAUCGAGGAGCUGAGCCUGAGCGGGCUCUGCCAGUGCCUGGUGGAGCUGUCCACCCAGCCAGCUACCGUGUGUCAUGGCUCUGCAGCCACCAGGGAGGCAGCCCGGGGUGAUGCCGCCCGCCGGGCUCUGCAGUACCUCAAGAUCAUGGCGGGCAGCAAGUAGAGCCCUAGCUGGACUCAUGGAUGCACACCCCCGUGUUCCCGGCCCACGUCCAGCCCCCUCGAGAGGCGCCCUCUCUACCUCGGACACAGACUGCCUGCCUCGAAGCUAGGGGCAUGGGCUGGGACCCCACUCUUGUGCUGCAGCCGGGAACGAAGCCCAGAAGCUGGGCUUGUGCUGGAGGCCGAAUAAAUGUGCUGCUCCUUGG